AUGUACGUCAUCGACGAUCUGAACUGGGAUAUGAUCCUGGGUAAACGAUGGAUGGAAGACCAGGAUGUUCACAUCCAUGCGAAGGAAGGAUAUCUCGAGAUCGGGUCCAAUGGAGUUCAAGUACGAGACCGACGACAAGCACGCCGUGACAAACGCAAAGGCGGCAUUGGAGUUCACUCGGUCACGAUGGCGGAUAUUGACAAGGCCCUAAGACCGAAACCGAAGACUGACGUAAUGGAGAAGCUGCCACCACAGUACCACAAGUGGUCUCGAGCUUUCUCUCAGCAACUGGCCGACCAGCUGCCCCCUCAUCGGCCAGCCCUACCCUGGGGACCGCUUUACAGCAUGUCCCGCGAGGAGCUAUUGGUACUACGGAAGACUCUCACAGAACUACUCGACAAGGGAUUUAUUAGAGUCAGCAGCUCGCCAGCCGCGGCACCAGUCCUUAUGAGGGACCGCUAUCCCUUGCCCUUACUGAGCGAGACCUUGCGAACGAUAGCCAAGGCAAGGUGGUUCACCAAGACAACUUUCAGAACGCGCUAUGGAUCCUUCGAAUGGCUGGUAGUUCCAUUCGGCCUGACAGGCGCACCAGCAGCCUUUCAGCGGUACAUUAACAGCGCGCUCCAGGAUUACCUAGACGAUUUUGUGUCAGCAUAUAUCGACGAUGUCCUGAUCUUCUCCUCUGGAAGCCUGCAAGACUACCGCGACAAGGUCGGCAAGGUCCUCCAACGACUGAUGGACGCCGGGCUGCAACUGGAUAUCAACAAGAGUGAAUUCGAAGUCAAGGCUGUGAAAUACCUUGGGUUUAUCAUCGAGGCGGAGUGUGGGAUCCGAGUCGACCCUGAGAAGUCCGUGAGGAGUUUUAUUGGAUUCGCGAACUUCUACAGGAUGUUUAUGCCAGAGUUCUCGGUGAUAGCGGAGCCGCUAACGCGGCUAACGAAGAAGGACGUGCCAUUCCGUUGGGAUGAAUUGUGCGAAGAAGCCUUCGAGAAGCUCAAGGACCUGUUGAUCACGGCCCCGAUCCUUGCACACUUCCAUCCAGAAAGGGAGACUAUCGUGGAAGCAGACGCUUCAGGAUUCGCGUCGGGAGGCAAACAUUCGGCAGCCGAAGCGAACUACGCUAUCCAUGACAAGGAGCUACUCGCCAUUCUCAGAUGUUUGGAGCAGUGGGAACCAGAGCUACGGGCAGUAGAGCACUUCAAGAUCCUAACGGACCACAAGAACCUGAGGUACUUCUACUCGGAAAGGAGGUUGACAGAGAGACAAGUGCGGUGGUCGGAGUUCCUGUCCAGGUUCCAAUUCGAGCUCGAAUGGAGGCCGGGCCGCAAGGGCGGAUUGCCUGACGAACUCUCUCGACGGGACCAGGAUAUGCCGAAGGGUCCCAAUAUCGACAUUGUCUACCAACAACGAGGUGCCCAGGAAAUCAACUUCGGAAAAGAGAUCAGGAUAUUUGAAGAUGAGGAGUUACAGCAGCUGUGGCACGCCGCACGAAUGCUCAUUAGACAAUAG